GAGUACGUAAUCUUUAACCACGUGCUCCUACUCAAAAUGAAGCCAUAGAGGGUUGCUGUCAUGGGAAGUUAGACCUUAUUUAUGAUAAACUACUCAAACUCCAAGAGAGAGAAGGAAUUAAAAUAGAUCUAUUACUCUGUUGUGGUGAUUUCCAAGCAAUUAGAGAUCAAGAUGAUCUUAACUGUAUGGCAGUCCCUGACAAGUAUAAGGAAAUCGGAUCCUUCCACAAAUAUUAUUCUGGUAAAGAGAAAGCUCCUAUUCUAACGAUAUUCAUAGGAGGAAACCACGAGGCCAGUAACUACCUGAGGGAACUUGGGUAUGGUGGUUGGGUGGCCCCUAAUAUCUAUUACAUUGGUUACUGUGGUGUAGUACUUUAUGGUGGAGUAAGAAUUGCUGGACUGUCUGGUAUUUAUAAUUACCAUAACUACAACAAAGGUCAUUUUGAAGUGCCUCCAUUUUCAAGGGAUACUCUUCGUUCAGUUUAUCAUGUUAGAGCAUCUGACCUGUACAGAAUGAAAAAUUUAAAAAAUCAAAUUGACAUUAUGAUGUCACAUGACUGGCCUUGUGGGAUACAUCGUCAUGGAAACGAGGAGAAACUCUUUCAAAUGAAACCUUUUUUUAAAGAAGAGGCAGAUAGAGACCAGUUGGGGUGUCCUCCUGCUAUGGAGUUACUGAAUAUACUAAAACCUUGUUACUGGUUCUCCGCUCAUCUUCACUGCAAGUUCUCGGCCGUCUAUCACCAUGGUAACGGGCUCAUCACCAAAUUCUUAGCACUAGACAAGUGUCUACCACACAGAGGAUACAUACAGGUUAUUGAUGUCCCUUCAUUAAGUUCAGAGCCUCCAGUAUUGAAGUAUGACCUGGAGUGGUUGUCAAUAUUAAAAGGAACUGAAUCACUAAUGCACUAUACAUCAAGAAUGUGGAAUGAGCCUGAUCCAGAACAUGAGGUCCCUCUUCCUUCUCUUCCUGAGAUUGAGAAAUCCUUUGAUAAUGAUUUAACUAUUCCAUUAUUAACCAUUGGGGACUUUUCCAAGGAAGCUACUAGAAUUGCAGGUGAAAACCCUCAGUCUAGACUCUUUUGUCAAAGACUGGGUAUAGACAAUCCGUGGAAACUGAAACCUUCUCCAGGAAGAGAAGAUGAAAGAAAAGGAAGUGGCUUAGCAAUCACUCCUCUUUCUCUCCCUCCUCCAAUCCAUAAUCCUGUUCCUUACAAUCCUGAUGAAAUAUUUAUUGACGAUAUUGAUGAUGAUGACGACGACGACGACGAUGAUGAUAAAAGAUUGAAAUUAGAGGAACCAGAACUGUCUUCUGCAACACCAACUGCUAAUGUCACUGUUGAUAAUAAUAAAGAUGACGUAGCGACUAGUGAUGGCGGAAACAAUUUUCAAGAUGACAAUAAAGAAAAGGAGGAGGCGGAGGUAAUGCAGGAAUAGAGUAAGUGCUGGAUUCCACUCGCUCUUGGUUUUU